AUGCCGUCGUCUACCAGCGCCGUGCGCAUCCUCCUCCGGGCCUCAACUCCCCGCGCGCGUCCCGCCUCUGCCCAUGUCCAGUCGACAUGGCAAAGAUUCCUCCAGACUGCGCCGAAGCCCUUCACUCCCGCCCGGCCAGCACACCAGCUGUCACGGACAUGCAGCGUCCGAGCGCUCGCAAAAGACACGUCGAUUUGCCAACCAUUUGCGUCCAAGCGGGAGUUCUCUACCUCGCCUGCGCGGCAGCAUGGCCACCUCCACACUCCAAAGCCAGGCGAAGAGCGGAAGGUGACUUUUAUCGACAAGGACGGCGACGCACACACCUUCGAGGUUGCUGACGGGGACAACCUACUGGACAUUGCUCAAGAAAACGACAUCGAGAUGGAGGGCGCAUGCGGCGGUUCCUGCGCGUGCAGCACCUGCCAUGUCAUUGUCGAAGAUAGCGACCUAUAUGAUCGUAUGGAGGAGCCUGAUGACGACGAAAACGACAUGCUGGAUCUCGCUUUCGGACUUACGGAAACCAGCCGUUUGGGUUGCCAGGUCAAGAUGAGCAAGGAGCUGGACGGCAUGGUCGUCAGGCUGCCUAGCAUGACACGGAACCUGCAGGCGAGCGACUUUGCUGAAAAGUGA